AUGAGUGGUGAAGUGGAAUACACCAGCAACUCCCAAAGCCGGGGUGUGGAGGGCUCCCUGCCUUGGACGGACAGCGAGAUCGCCCUCCUGGAGGGGCUGACCGUGGUCUACAAGAGCAGCAUCGACCUGUACUUCUACGUCGUCGGCAGCUCGUACGAGAACGAGCUGAUGCUCAUGGCUGUGCUGAACUGCCUCUUCGACUCGCUCAGCCAGAUUCUGAGGAAGAACGUGGAGAAGCGCGUUCUGCUGGAGAACAUGGAGGGGCUCUUCCUGGCAGUGGAUGAGAUCGUGGACGGAGGUGUCAUCCUGGAGAGCGACCCCCAGCAGGUGGUGCAUUGGGUGGCCGUGCGGGGCGAAGACGUCCCCCUGACAGAGCAGACAGUUUCUCAGGUGCUGCAGUCGGCCAAAGAACAGAUCAAGUGGUCUCUGCUGCAAUAGGGCUCGGAUCCCACUUCUGCCCCCAUCUCUACUGUGUCCCACCCCCCCUGUCCUGUAUGACGCACUGCCUGGAGCCCUAACAUGUUGGAGGAUUUUGCUGG